AUGCCGCUGGUGCCAACUCGAGCGGGAGAGGUCAUGUACGAAGCCAGGGGAGAGGGUGUGCCAAUAGUCAUGCUGCAUGCAACAUUGCAUGACCGACGAGACUAUGAGGUUGUCGCUGAGCAUUUUGCAAAGAAACACAAGGCCAUCACUGUCGACUGGCCCUGGCAUGGCGACUCAAAGGGAACUUCAAACAAAGAAUACCUCAGCGCUGUUGGGUUUGCAGAUGUCCUUGAGGAUGUCGUGGAUGGUUUGGAGUUGGGAUCUGCCAUGUUCAUCGGCAAUUCUGUGGGAGGGUUUGCUGCAGCCAGGUUCGCAAUAAACCAGCCAGACAAAGUCCGAGGACUGGUCCUCGUCAAUACCGGUGGAUUUGUCGAAUGGACCCCCGUCACUCGGCUGUUCACAAAGCCGCUUGGUUCACCGUCAGUGUCGCGCCUGAUAAUGCCUUACCUUGUCCGCAGGUAUAUGAGCCCUCAGACAAGUCAUGAUGAGGAAAUCACUUGCCGAGCGGCUGCUAGAGCUGGAACCGCGGAUGGUGCCUCGACAGCGGCCGCGCUAUGGCGAAGCUUCUUGCAUCCGGAACACGACCUUCGACCUCGUGCCACUAAUAUUAAGGCUCCUGUCUUACUUAUCUGGGGCACAAGGGACCCCAUCUUUCCAAAGACAGCUGGCGUGGCAGCACAGCGUUGCAUACCGGGGUCGACGCUUGAGUACUUCGACGCGGGACAUGUGGUAUUCUCUUCGAAGCCGGACAAGUUUCUAGACGUGGUUGACUCCUUUAUCGAAUCGAUUGUUGCUGGCAAGAAAUUGGUAGCUUAG